AUGAAAAAGCAAAAGGCUAGUUCAUCGUCACGAACAUCUGCAGUGUUAAAUUUCUCUCUGAACCAUCUGUUGAAUGAUCUGUUGAUUGAAAUUCCAACAGCAAAAUGUGCCAUUGGCUUCCAGUUGGUCUCGAAAAGUGCUUGGGAGCUCAAGGACUAUCGAGAGUAG